AGUGCCUUCAAUGUGUAAGGAUAUUAGCCUACAACCUUGCCUUGUGCUCUAGUCACUAUCAGGGACAUGCAUGCCAUUUAUUAUGAGUCUUGAUUAAUGCAUUCAAAUCUAAAAGACAGGUUUUGCUCUAGGUUUCCUCUUAGUACAUGCAGACAAACUCGUGGUCUAUAUUCAGAGAUAAACAAUAAACACUGAAGAUUAGCAGACCUAGUGUGCAAUCUUAAAGACGUAGCCUGGUCAAAAGAUGUGCUGUGAUCCCAUCAAUCUGACAAAUUAUGGUAAUGACUAAUGUAGCAGGAUGCUAAAGUUUAUCCAAGCUGAAUGUAAGCUGACGUCUGGUUACUCCCCCUUGUGCUGAACCAAAGUCACAGCAAGCAAAUUAUUUCUAUGAGAUCACAUUAAGCUUUUAAACCUGAAACUUGAAGAUUAACAAGAUGUACAAUUUGCUAGUGAUUGCCUCAUAUUUCAUCUGAAUGCUGCUGCUGUGUCAGCGCUUGACGCACAUCUUCUGUAACCUCGCACCUGAACGCGUAUGAACUGAAGGUCACCUUCACUUCAGCCGAGUGAGGGGAGAGCCGGUGUGUUAGUACAGUUGCGUUUCAAAUGCCUCUUUAUUGAAUAGUCUUUUCGGCCAAGAGAACGUCUAAUAUCAAGUGCUAAAUAAAAUGUAUUUAGCAUAGAUUGCUGUAUCAGACUUAUGUAGCUCGUUUGAACGCGUGGCUGUGUUUCUGUCCCCCCUCCUGAUGAUUCAGCAAGGUGUAGGGGCCGUUCACACCAAAAUGUACUUUUGCCUUUGUAAACAUGCGCUAGACGGACGUCUUUGACCAUUGCGCCGCGUCGGAGCGCCGCGUUUUUUAGUCGCUGUGUCAAGUUAAAAAAAGAAUAGUUAAAACAGCAGUGUUCUUUGCGCUAAAAAAGCUAUUUCUGCGUUCCAAACGUGAUAAAUUAGCCUCCGAAGGGCACUUUGAAGGGGGAACGAGCUGUAAGAUCGCUUCAAACCGAAUUUCCAAUAAAAAUGACUUAAAAAGUGAGUUCCGAAUGACCUUUAUUUUGAAGCCCCACAACUUUUUGCCCUUACAGUGGAUGGUAAAGUAUUCGAAGGGAAUAUUACGUAGGGAUGAACACUCCUGAAUGGAACGCACCCUGUAACAGAACGCUGCUGUCUCGAGACGCUAUAUUAAAAACGGUUGAAGUUCUUUUCACGUUCUUUUUAACUUGACACGGCGUGGGCGAUGUGAGAUAAAAGAGCAAGGUUCGGCUCAGCGGUCAGAGACGUCCGUCUAGUUCUUGUUUACAUAGACAAUUAAAAACAGCGCAGACAGACGUAAAACGCGUUUGGUGUGAACGGCCCCUUACGUUCUUCGACCGGGAAGCGGAAGGACACACACACAUGGAAAGUCAUGGCGCAUGUAUGCCGAUAGAAGGUUAUUGCUACCAGUGAAAUAUAGAGGGGUCUGUUUGGUAAGUGUUGUGUUUACGGAGUUCGCUUACAACAUCGGGGCAGUCCUGUACAUAAAGACUUAUUUUCGAGCUGUAAGGCGAGGAAUUGCCUUCUCUCAGAGGAUCAGUUUUACAGCAAAUACCCGGUGAAUGUAUUCACUGUGAGUUAGCUAGCUGCAGCAGACCUUGGAAGAGACUGACUGUCAUUGUGUCUGUGAGAGCAGAGCAACUGACAGUUGUGGCGUGGGUCACUCGGACAACCCUUGGCCAUACUUGAUAGCCACAGGGCACAACAGUGACACAGCAGUAAUGAACGGGGACGGUGGUCAUGAUCAGGCUGAGGAGGCCGACUCCAAGCAGGAUGGUAGUGCUGAUGCAGAAUCUGUAGAGGACUCAAAUGAACAAGAAGUGAUUGUAAUUCAGGACACUGGCUUCACUGUGAAGAUCCAAGCACCAGGAACUGAGCCUUUUGACCUGCAGGUGUCACCACAAGAGAUGGUGCAGGAGAUCCACCAAGUGCUGAUGGACCGUGAAGACACCUGUCACCGCACUUGCUUUUCCUUGCAGCUCGAUGGCAAUGUACUUGACAACUUCGCCGAGCUCAAGUCCAUUGAGGGCCUACAAGAAGGAUCCCUUCUCAAAGUGGUCGAAGAACCAUACACAGUGCGUGAAGCUCGCAUUCAUGUUCGUCACAUCAGAGACCUGCUGAAGAGCCUGGACCCAUCAGACGCCUACAAUGGAGUGGACUGCAACUCACUCUCCUUCCUCAGUGUUUACACGGAUGGUGACCUUGGAGAUACUGGGAAACGCAAGAAGAAGGGCAGUGAACUUGAGCAAAUCGAUUGCACACCACCUGAACAUAUUUUGCCAGGCAGCAAAGAGUGUCCUUUAACUCCCAUCCAGCCACAGAACAAAGACUGGAAGCCUAUGCAGUGCCUGAAGGUCUUGACCAUGAGUGGCUGGAACCCACCGCCUGGCAACAGGAAGAUGCACGGAGACCUCAUGUACCUGUACAUUGUGACUGUAGAGGAUAGACAUGUCAGCAUUACUGCCUCAACCCGUGGAUUCUACCUCAAUCAGUCCACCACUUAUACCUUCAACCCCAAACCAGCCAACCCCAGCUUCCUCAGCCACUCUCUGGUGGAACUGCUGAGCCAGAUUAGCCCUGCCUUCAAGAAGAACUUCACUACUCUGCAAAAGAAGAGGGUUCAGAGACAUCCGUUUGAGAGAAUAGCCACUCCCUUCCAAGUGUACAGCUGGACUGCACCACAGAUUGACCAUGCCAUGGAUUGUGUGAGAGCGGAGGAUGCUUACACCUCCCGCCUGGGUUAUGAGGAGCACAUACCUGGCCAAACAAGAGACUGGAAUGAGGAACUCCAGACGACCAGAGAACUUUCUCGUAAGAACCUCCCUGAGCGCCUGCUAAGAGAGAGAGCCAUAUUCAAGGUUCAUAGCGACUUUGCUGCUGCAGCAACGCGGGGAGCGAUGGCAGUGAUCGAUGGCAACGUCAUGGCUAUCAACCCUGGAGAGGAGACACGUAUGCAAAUGUUUAUCUGGAACAACAUUUUCUUCAGCUUGGGCUUUGAUGUACGCGACCACUACAGGGAGCUGGGUGGAGAUGCUGCUGCCCAUGCUGCCCCCACCAAUGACCUGAAUGGGGUGAGAGCAUACAGUGCUGUAGAUGUGGAGGGGCUGUACACCCUGGGCACAGUGGUAGUGGACUACCGAGGUUACCGUGUAACCGCACAGUCCAUUAUUCCUGGCAUCCUGGAGCGGGAACAGGAGCAGAGUGUUAUCUAUGGAUCCAUUGACUUUGGCAAGACAGUAGUGUCUCACCCUAAGUAUCUGGAGCUGCUGGAGAAGACUAGUCGGCCACUAAAGGUGCAUCGCCAUGAUGUGCUCAAUGAGAAAGAUGCUCCUGUGGACCUAUGCUCCUCUGUGGAAUGUAAGGGUAUUAUUGGUAAUGAUGGCCGGCAUUACAUCCUGGACCUUUUGCGUACCUUCCCUCCUGACCUUAACUUCCUGCCGGUGGAAGGAGAAGAGCUCGCCCCCGAGAGCCAGAAACUGGGUUUCCCUCGGCAACAUCGCCAUCGCCUGGCUUGCUUGCGCCAGGAACUCAUUGAGGCCUUUGUAGAGCACAGAUAUCUCCUCUUCAUGAAGAUGGCAGCACUCCAGCUAAUGCAGCAGAAAGCAAACAAAGACAACAAGACUGCAGCCCUGCAGGACACAAGUGCUGCAGAUGUGCAUUCUGAAAGUAAACCACAGGCUCCUGAAGCAUCUGAGAAAGUUCCUGAAACCACAGCAGCCUCUCCAACCUCCUCUGAAUCCCCUAUAACUCCUGAAGAACCAGUUAAACCAAAUGCAACAACUGCAUCUGACAACUCUGCUCCAGAGGCCCCAGCCAGUCAGAACGCAGAGAUUCCUACGGGAAACUCCAAUGGUACUCAUGAGCCUUCAGCCGUAGAGAAGCAGAAUGGAGAGUGUGAUAGUCCUUUGGAGGGUAAGGAAGCUGAUGAAAACAUGCCUGGACUUGCCCAAGCUAAAGAGCUGGCUGAGUCCUUAGCAGCCGAAGAUGGAUCUGGUAUUGACCCCAAAAGUCGAGAGGUGGUCCUCAAUGCCUGUAAAGCUGUGGGCUCCAUCAGCAAUACCUCUUUCGACAUUCGCUUCAACCCAGAUAUCUUCUCUCCAGGAGUGCGCUUCCCAGAUUACAAUACUGAGGACAUCCAGAAACAAAAGCAGCUUCUCAAAGAUUCUGCGGCAUUCUUAGUGUCCUGUCAGAUCCCCUCAUUUGUAAAAGACUGUUUAGAGCACAGCUGUCUGCCUAUGGAUGGAGCCACAUUAACAGAGGCCCUUCAUCAGCGUGGUAUUAAUGUGCGCUACCUUGGUACUAUGCUGGAGUUUGUGAACAACAUGCCUGCAAAAGCACAACUUGAACACAUCUAUAGAAUAGGAAUCAAUGAGCUGAUCACCAGGUGUGCAAAACAUAUCUUCAAGACGUAUCUUCAGGGUGUGGAGCUCUCUGCUCUAUCCGCAGCGGUAAGCCACUUCCUGAACUGCCUCUUGAGCUCUUUCCCAGAUGCUGUGGCUCACCUCCCUGUGGAUGAGCUAGUGUCACGCAAAAAGAGCCGCAAGAGACGUAACAGGGUCCCUGGUGGAGGAGACAACACAGCCUGGGCCAGCCUGACUCCCAGUGAGCUCUGGAAGAACAUUGUCUCUGAGGCACAGAACUACUAUCACUUUAGCCUGCAAUGCAGUGAAAGUGUGGACCAAGCAGUAGAAAAAUAUGGCUUGCAGAAGAUCACCCUGCUGAGGGAGAUUUCCAUAAAGACUGGCAUUCAGAUCUUGAUAAAGGAGUACAACUUUGAUAGCCGCCACAAGCCAGCUUUCACUGAGGAAGACAUCCUGAACAUCUUCCCCGUUGUGAAGCAUGUGAACCCUAAAGCCUCAGAUGCCUUCCAUUUCUUCCAGAGCGGACAGGCCAAGGUUCAGCAAGGGUUCCUUAAGGAGGGAUGUGAGCUUAUUAAUGAGGCCUUGAACCUCUUCAACAAUGUAUAUGGAGCCAUGCAUGUGGAGAUCUGUGCCUGUCUGCGCCUACUGGCUCGACUCAACUACAUCAUGGGUGAUCAUCCUGAGGCUCUCAGUAACCAGCAGAAGGCUGUCCUAAUGAGUGAGAGAGCAUUGGGUAUUGAACACCCCAACACUAUUCAAGAAUAUAUGCACUUAGCUCUGUACUGCUUUGCCAAUGGCCAGCUCUCCACUGCCCUGAAACUGCUGUACCGUGCACGCUACCUCAUGCUUGUGGUGUGUGGGGAGGACCAUCCUGAAAUGGCUUUGCUUGAUAGCAAUAUUGGUCUGGUGCUUCAUGGUGUGAUGGAGUAUGACCUGUCUCUGCGUUUCCUGGAGAACGCCUUGGCCAUCAAUUCAAAAUACCAUGGGCCCCGGUCCCUUAAAGUAGCACUCAGUCAUCACCUGGUGGCGAGAGUAUAUGAGAGCAAGGCUGAUUUCCGCUCAGCACUGCAGCAUGAGAAGGAGGGCUAUACUGUUUACAAGAACCAGGUUGGUGAAGCUCAUGAGAAGACGAAGGAGAGCUCAGAGUAUCUGAAGUACCUCACACAGCAGGCCGUUGCACUGCAGAGAACCAUGAAUGAGAUCUACAAGAAUGGAUCCAACGCUAGCAUAAUGCCACUCAAGUUCACCGCACCAAGCAUGGCAAGUGUUCUGGAACAGCUUAAUAUUAUCAACGGCAUCAUUUUUAUUCCUCUCAGCCAAAAGGACCUAGAGAACCUAAAGGCGGAGGUGCAGAGACGACAGCAGCUCCAGGAUUCUUCGAAAAAUGAGGAACAGCAGGCCAAUCAGUUAGAGCUGGAUGACAAGCUGCCUGUGGAUGAUUAACAACCCCCACCCAUACAACCCCUUUCCAUAUGAGGAGGAAAAGAUGCAGCAGCCAUCUGUUUGAACCUGUGGACCUGAGAACUGUGCUGUCUAAUUCAACCAAUCAAAUUUGAGCAUAAUGGGGAGGGGAGGACCACGAACAGGCAAAAAAUGUGUACAGAGUGUAGUUUGUAGCUGUGAAGAGAAAAAAGCAGAUGUUUAACACGUGCAAUUCAACAACAAGAUCUACCAGAGGAGGAGCUAGAGCAAAUGUAGUUCUUUCUCUGUGAGUUUGCACAAAAAGUGGCUGGAGGUGACCAAGGAUGAUCAUGACAUUUUAUACCAGAGCCUUAUUCAUCGAUCAUCCCUCUCUAACUCGCUCCCAUCUGUUACCUUCUCACCUGACCACAGGUGAAGUCCAUUUGUAGAGAGAUCCACCCCCCCCACACUCCCUCCCAACUCACAGCCUGUCUGAAAACUCAGGUGAUUUCUACACUGUACGUGAUGAGACCGGAGACAUUCAGAUAAUACAGAUAGACAAAAUAAUCUUGGACUUAAGAAUGUAGACUUUUAAGGUCUAGCCUUUGGACUGAAUGGUCAUAUUGUGUCCCACAUAUUAUUUCCAUGAUCGCUGUGGCUGCUGUCUUUGGACAAAACCAGAAUAUUUUACCAAUCAUUUAGAAUUGGUCACAUCUUCUGUAAAUCAACUCAUAUUUUUGUAAAAGUAAAUGGGAAAGGUAUAGAAGCCAUUAGAACUUACAUGUACACAUUAAUUUAAGCCAUGACUGUUUUAUAGAAAUGCAUUGGAAGUGGAAAAAUUUAUAAAUCUUUGUCAUUGGGAUUAGACAGAUACUUGAUUCAUGUUGAUUUGAAAUAUCCAGCUCGAAUAAGGUGUGUUCAAGCUUUUUUUUUUUUUUUUCAUUUUGAAAGUGUUUGUGUGCAUGUGUUUAUGUUUGUAUGUAUGUAUGUAAACCUGUCUCUUUAUGCUUGUCUAUGCUAGUGCAGAGAUGCAGAAAUGGAUUCAGAGGACUCCUCCAAAGCUGCUGCAACAGAAUAAUAUCAUGAUGGUAUUUUUAAACAUACAGCAUUGAUAAUUGAUGGACUCAUGGAAACUAUUUGGUGAAAAUGUGCUAUUAAUAUAGUGGUUUUCGAGAUCUGAUCAGUAUAUGUGAUAAUACAAUCGGUUUAGCCUCUCCGACCUUUGACGUCUUAGGUGAGAAUCAUUUUAGCACAAUAUUCAGGAAAUUGCCAUUUAAAGGGAUAGUUCACCCAAAAAUGAAAAUUCUCUCAUCAUUUACUCACCCUCAUGCCAUCCCAGAUGUGUAUGACUUUCUUUCUUCUGCUGAACACAAAGGUUUUUUCAGCUCUGUUGGUCCAUACAAUAAAAGUGAAUAGUGGAUAGAACUUUGAAGGUCCAAAAAGCACAUAAAGGCAGCAUAAAAGUAAUCCAUAUGACUUGAGGGGUUAAAUCCAUACCUUCAGAAGUGAUCUGAUAGGUUUGGGUGAGAGAAACAGACCAAUAUUUAAAUCCUUUUUUUACUAUAAAUCUCCACUUUCUCAAUCUUCUUUUGUUUUAUUCACAUUCUUUGUGCAUAUCGCCACCUACUGGGCAGGGAGGAGAAUUUAUAGUAAAAAAGGACUCCAAUAUUGAUCUGUUUCUCACCCACACCUAUCAUCUUACUUUUGAAUAUUUGGAUUUAACCACUGGAGUUGUGUGGAUUACUUUUAUGCUGCUUUUAUUUGCUUUUUGGCCUUAAAAGUUCUGGCCACCAUUUACUUGCAAUGUAUGGACCUAUAGAGCUAAAAUAUUCUUCUAAAAAUCUUCUUUUUUGUUUGUUCUGAAGAAGAAAGUAAGUCAUGCACAUCUGGGGUGGCAUGAGAGUCAGUAAAUUACUUGAGAAUUUUCAUUUUUGUGUGAACUAUCCCUUUAAUGCCCAGCAGUUUAAGUGGCUUGUGUUCGGUUCCUCCAUAGUAUUUACUGCACUUUCCAGUGCUGUUUUUUCGUCUCACACGGCACCACCAAAUGAGGAAUAAGGUGUGGCUACGUCAGUGUAACAUACCAAAAAAUGAAGACUUGAGGAAAACAUGUUUGCUCAUAUACAUGCUUUGUGUGUGUCCUACAAAUGUCAAAAUUGUUGCUGUGCUCAAACUGUUUGUAGCAACACGCUGGAACUAAGUGCACCUUGGAUUAUGCACAUGAAUGCAAGAAAACUGCUAGCCUGGUUGUGUUUUUCCUAUAAAACAAAAAAGUAAAAUUGUUUAAAAAAUGGGUUGUAUCUGAAAAUUGGGAAAAUUUGAUCUUAUGAAGAAAACUGUGUGUACAAAACAUCACGUGUGACAUUUGUGCCUAUUUGUGCUUCGUUGUUUGUCCCCCAAAAGGCUGGGCAACUUUCUUUAAUAUCUAUUUUGUUGGUCAUAAGUUGAUGAUUUUGGAAUUGGAACUCUUGGAAGUGUAUACAGGCGCUUCACAACCUUUGAAUUUCUUUGACGUCUACUGCAGUACCCGUAGAUGCCACAUGGGUGUGCUGUAGUCAACCCAUUAAAACAAACUCAAUUUAUGAUAUAUUGCAUAUUAGAAUAUAUGAACUUGAUUAAUUGAUUCUGGACAAUUGCUGGAGAUGAAACAGGAGUUUAAUAGAUUCUGUUUACCAAUAGGUUGCUUUUGUAAGCACUUAGAAACAAUCCUAUGGGGAUUAGGAAUGAGGUGGUGUUGGUAACAGAUGUGUCAGUAAGGGUGACCCUUUAACUGGAGGGUUAAUGAGAAAAUUAUCCAUUAUGUCAUUGAACAAGGCAUUUAACCCCAAGUUGCAUCUGGUUCACAGUUCCUGCAAAUAAUGAUCAAUCUGAAUGAAAAUCAUGAAUGUUAAAUAUGAUCUCAUUUGUAUCUAAUCGAGCGUCUACAGUUUCAAACCUUAUGAUCUUCUCUGUCAGAGGUUUCAAACUGUUUCUUUUUUUUUUUUUUUCAUUUAAAAUUGAUGUCAUUUUUCUGUGUUAUAAUACUUUUUCUUAUCCAAGCUUAAUAGGCAGAGACAACUAUAAGUAAGCCAUUCAUAGGUUAAUGUUCUCAAAAACUGUUAAACACUGUUUCUGUUGCACUAUGAAAAUGGCUAUAUUUGUUUUGAACGACCCGCUUAGACUCGCCCCAUCAACGUUACUCAACCAAUAGCGUGAGAAAUCCAAUAUUACAUUUUUAAUGACUCUUCAGAAGAGUUAAAAAAAAAAUAGAGAAAGGUGGAUUAAGACAAUAAAAUGGGAGAAGAUGCCAAAUUUACUGUCACUCUCAGCAGCUGUAAUAGAAACCUCCUCGCAGCUGUGCUAAUUCAGUUUUUUAAACUAAUUCCAGGUUAAUAUAACACAAAGCAUAAUGUUAUAAAUUUACACUCAAUAUUUAAAAAAAUGUAUAAUAUAAAAAAAUUGCGAGAUUUGCGCUGCUAAAUAAAGCGGAAACGCGUCAUCACAGUCUGUAAAAACGGUCUAUAUUUUUGGUGGCGCAAGUAGCGCAGAAGUUACAUACUGCAGCUUUAACCGUUUAACUGCAAAGAUCAUUGUUUUAUAUAACGAAUAGUAUUCAACAACCCCGAGAUGUGUUCACAUUAUGUAGCAACAUAUCAAUUAAACAUUUCGAUAACUGCUUGCAUGAGAAACCAAUUUGACGUAAUCUAGAUGUUUAGUGUUUUUAGAAAGGUUUGGAUCUUAUCAAGAUGCCGAAACAAAAGCAUCUUCUUUGCUACUUUUCUUUCUUGAAUUACAGUUUUAAAUUUGAAGUGUCUUGAGUGUCUUCCUGGGUAUAAUCUCUGGUAUAAUAUCCGUAAUAUUCUUCAAAUUACAAGUUAAUCACAAAUGUGAACGUUUCUGUGUGAAAGCUUGCAUAUAAAACAAGGGACCUUUUAAUUUGUUGGAAGAAAACAAAACAUUGCACCAGUGAUGCUGAAAAAAGGUCAAAUAUUAAGAGGCUUUGCUCAUUGCCUUUUGAAGAUUCUUACUUUCAUCAAAAAAGAUUUGCUGUACAUCAGUAAUUUGAAGGAAUAUCACAAUUAAGACACCCACCCACCCUGUUCAGUCCAGUGAACAUUUGUCUUAUAUUUGGUCUCACUUUGAUAUGAAAUCACCUACACAAACCCAUUAUAAACUAGAACAACAACCAAAAAAGAACAUAAGUUGUUUAUCUGGAGAAAUCUAUAUAGAACAAGAUGCUCAAUCAGUUCAUCUCUUUGUCAUCUAAUGCUAAACAUCUUUUUUUUUCUUGUUUUUUUUUUUUUUUUUUUUAUAAACCAAGGAUAUCUGGAUUUUCUUCUGUUUUUAUUUUGAUUUCCCCGUUCUCAACAUGAACUAUUUGUCAUGCUCUUUGUGUGUCUGCUUUGGUUUCGUUACUGAGUGAUACCUUAAUGUAACUUCUUCUAAAUAACAAUCUGAUUAUUUUUGGUCCGAGUAUGCUUUUGUAUUAAAAUGAAUAAAGG